CAGGAAGCUACGAUCCUGGUGGAGAUUUACAAAAAGCUGACCUUUCAUGAAAUCAGGUCUCCCCAGGAGUUUAGAGAGGGAGAAGAUGCUGUAGUGAUAUGUGAAGUGAACAGCUCCCCUGCACCUAUGGUAACUUGGCUGCACAAUAAUCGAGAUAUUGGCGCCGAGCCAAGUGACAAGUUUCUGAUGAUUGAUAACAACGGCUUGAAGAUCCAACGCAUUAGUAAGAAGAACGAAGGUGUUUACAGGUGCGAGGGGAGAGUGGAAGCUCGGGGAGAAAUUGAUUUUAGAGACAUCACCGUUAUUGUCAAUGUUCCUCCAGUAAUUCAUGUGUCCAAGAGAUCAGCGAAUGCAACGGCAGAUCGCCAGGAAUCCGUAAUGUUGAUGUGUACCGCGACUGGCUCUCCGGAACCCAACAUUAGCUGGUACAGAAAUGGGAGACUAAUUGAAGAAGAAGAUAAGUACUCAUUGAAGACAAGCACAGAGCUGACGAUAAGGAACAUUGUCCGGGAGGACACAGGGUCUUACAUCUGCAGGGCGACAAAUAAAGCAGGAAGCGUGGAAGAACAGUUAUCUAUAAAAGUCUUCGUUCCGCCACACAUAACUCUGCUGAAAAACGAGACUGCAACGGAGAAUGGUCGUGUGGUAAUCACCUGUGAUGCUGAUGGAGACCCUACCCCUGCCAUCUUCUGGAGUAGGACUGGCAACGGAAGCAGUUUUAUAGAAGAAGAGAAGAUUCUUGGUGGGAGGAUUGAGGUGAGGAGGCAGAAGGGGAAAUCUUCAUUGCACAUCAGGAACAUCGAGCCUAGUGACGCAGGGGCAUAUCAUUGUGAAGCCACGAGUCCAAUUGGACGAGACCAGAAAAGCAUGCACUUGGAUAUUCAGUAUGCUCCCAAGUUUCUCUCAAACCAGGUGACCUACUACUCAUGGGAAGGGAAUUCCGUCAACAUCAGCUGUGAUGUCACAGCCAACCCUCAGGCAUCCAUCCACUGGAGGAAAGAAGGUGUUGUCCUCUCGGACCUCAAUAAGUCCGACAUCAGUAUUUAUAAGAAGGGGACCAAGAUCCUACUGGAGAUUACUCCAACUGUGGAUAGUGACUUUGGCAGCUACAACUGCACAGCCAGUAACCAGAUAGGAACCAGGUCUCAGGAGUUCACCCUCAUCCAAGCUGCUGUCCCCUCCCGCCCAUAUGGUUUGAGAGUCCUCGCUGUAUCGCAGACUAUUGCAAGAAUCUCCUUUACCAAGCCUGAUUCCCACGGCGGUGUCCCAAUUCAUCAUUACCAAGUGGAGGUCAACGAGGCAGACUCGGGAGACUGGAAAACUGUGAAUUCCAAUGGGAGUCAAACUCAUGUCGUCCUUAUCAACCUGAAGCCAAAUUCAACCUACCAAUUCAGAGUAGCAGCGGUAAAUGGCAAAGGCCAAGGAGAACACAGCCAGAUGGAAACCUUUCAGACUCUCCCAGUCCAAGAGCCCAGUCCCCCUACAGUCCAGGGGCACAGCGGCAAUGGCAAGAACUAUAAGCUGGUUGUGACGAAGCAAGAUGACGGAGGAUCACCCAUCCUAAAAUAUGUGCUCAAAUAUAGAACCAAAGACAAGGAAGAGGAAUGGAUGCAGAAGAUAGCACAGGGAAGCAAGGACUCCAUCAUCCUGGAUGAACUCCAAUGGGACAUGCGGUAUGAAGUGAAGAUCACAGCUGUUAACAAGUUGGGCCCCUCCGAGCCAACCUUCUAUGAGUUCACCAUGCCACCGAAACCCAACACCAUCGCCAAAGGAAGUGGACUCAAGCCAUCACCACAACCAUUGAUCGCUCAUUUUACAUUUGUCUGUGCCAUUGGCUUUACCUGGCUGUUAUCUUAGAGCUUUGGCAGUGCAUAAUGCUGGUGCUCACUGUCUUUUGUUGAAUUGUCUGUGUGGCUCAAGCCCUAUAGACACCCUGGUUUACUUACCACUCCUCCUUCACUGCCAAUAUAUGACCUGAGAUAAUGAAAUUGGAAUAACUAAAGCUUGAAGCUGCUUUAAUGAAUUGCAUAGAAUGUACAGCAGAGUAACAGGUCAUUUGGCAAAACACGUCCAUGAGUUGUCCCAAUCUCCAGCAAAUUGCUACAACUGCCUGAAAUUAGAUUGCCACUGGAACUUCAAAGACUAUUGUAAUCCAUUUUAAAGUCUCUUUAUUGGGACGACCUUUCGAAGAGGUGGCGUGCCUUCACCAGAUCCAUUUUUUUUUCGGAGAAGAAACCUCUACAUCAGGAUCCCUUUUUGAAGUGGAAGCUUUCCAUUAAAUCCAAUUUAAGAAGA